AUUACUCAGGAAACACAACACGGAAGUAAACAUGACACAAUCGCAUUAAAUUCGGCACGUUGAUCAAUCAAAAUUAAAGGAUUUGUAAUCGCUAUGAAUAGAACAUUUCCAGAUAUUGGAAAUGGUCACUGUUAUUUGGAGAAGUUUUCUUAAAUUAUUUGAAAACAUGUCUUCUUCCAAAGCAGCAGGUGUUCAGAUACAUACACUGACGGGAAAUCCUACGAAAGCCUGGCAGCAGUUAUCAGUAAAACAAAAAGUUGAAAGGGUUACAUCACUCCACCACGACACCCCAAUAUGCGCAGACAAGCUGCGCGUGGUGUGUAUAUCAGACACCCAUGCAAAACACCCCCAGAGAGUCCCUGUGGGAGACAUACUGCUGCAUGCAGGGGACUUUACAAAUGUUGGCGGCGCAGCUGAAGUGAAACAGUUCAAUGACUUCUUAGGUUCCCUGCCUCAUCCUGUAAAAGUCGUGAUUGCUGGGAACCACGAUCUCACUUUCGACGAAGACAUGGUCAAGAACAGACGGGAUUACCUGAGCCGAAACUUCAGAAUCAACGAGGAAGUGUUUGAAAGGAAACUGGCCGAGUUUGGUGUGAAAACAUGCAAGGAGCUUCUCACCAACUGUGUUUACCUCGAGGAUGCGUCCGUCAAUGUGUGCGGCCUCAAGAUAUAUGGGGCACCUUGGCAGCCAGAGUUCUGUGACUGGGGAUUUAACCUGUCGCGUGGUGAGGCGUGUCUACAGAAGUGGAACCUCAUACCCGACGAUACGGACAUACUGAUCACACACGGGCCCCCUAUAGGUCACGGUGACGCUUGUUUUAACGGAAUGCGGGCCGGUUGUGUGGAAUUGUUGUCCACGAUUCAACAGCGCGUGAAACCCAAGUACCACGUGUUUGGACAUAUACACGAAGGUUAUGGCGUAACAACUGAUGACGUCACGACGUUUAUCAAUGCGUCAACGUGUACUCUGCGAUACCAGCCGGACAACCCGCCGAUUGUGUUCGACAUUCCUCUGCCUGCUGGACACAAUAAGGACGAGCUGGGGUCUAUACAGCCCUGUAGACUUAUACGACAAUCUUUGUGACAUUUGUGAUAUUUUUUUUUAAACCUUAAGGUUUGGAGGUUUUUGUAUUGCUAAUGUAGCCUCGUUUUGUGGUAUUCUAAAAAAUAGUCAAAUCAUGCCCUAAAGUGCAAAACAGGAAAAUACACGAAGGGUCAUAUAAUUUAUAAAGACUAAUAUAGUUAUUUAUUUUUUUUCUUCUUUAAACAUCUGAUCCUCAGAAAACUAUUAAAAAAACUAUGUCCCUGUGGUCAAAACCGAAAACGUCUCAGGUGUAAAUGUUUUAUCAAUUAAUAAUUGUGUACCUAUUUGAGUUAAUGGUGAUAUCAAAUAUCAGCAUUAUAUCUUUAUUACUCAACACUUAUUUACCGAAAUGUAAUGUUUUGCUAUAAGUACCGGUAAAUCAAAAAUAGAUUUUAUUUUUUUAAUAUUUCCCGAAAAGAGAUAACUUGUAAACUACGAUAUUCUAGAUUCAUUUUUCUGUUUCCAAAGAGACACGGCAUUCGUAUUGGAACAUGUAAAACAUCUUCAUUCCGUCACAUUUGUAAACGUUUUCCUGCAUAUAAAUCUGUUACAAGAAUCUCGCCACAUGCCCAAGUCGUUGUUUUUAAUGUUUGUAAGGCAAGCGUUAUACACUUUGGUUUACUGGUUAUAAUUUCGUAUGUGCACGUGUGUGCUUUUCUAGUUAUUAAAUUAUUUGUAUGUAUUUUUGUGUUACUUCAUAAUUUUGCAAUUAACACCAACUUCGUUCAUUCUAUAUUCACUUUGGUUUACUGGUUAUAAUUUCGUGGUUAUACAUGUGUAAUUUUUUCUAGCUAUUAAAUGCCUAACGUUA